AUGGCCUUGGAGCGCGCGGGCCCCGCUCGCUCGCGGACGCUGUUCCUGCAGGACGAUGGCAGCCCCAUGCGCUUCUACGUGCGGCCCGGGCCCGCCAAGCUGCAGCUCGCGCCGCUGAUCCUGGCGGGCGGCGGGCGCCUUUGCCGCGUGCAGGAGCCGGGCGCGGUGCUGCUGGCCCAGCCCGACGAGCGGGGGGCCACGGGCAACUUCGUCUCCAGCGAGUACGUGCGGCGCUGCGUGGAGAGCAACGAGCGGCUGCCGCUGGAGCGCUGGCGGCUGGCGGCGGCCCCGGCCCCGGUCCCGGCCGGGGCCCGGGCCGGCCGCUCUGCCUUCACGGGCUCAGAGGACGAGGCCAUCCUGCUGCACGUGCGGGGCCGGGCGCAGGGCAGCGUCACCGGCACCGCGCUCUGGAAGGAGAUGGAGCGGGCCCGCCUGACGCCGCACUCCUGGCAAGCCAUGCGGGACCGCUACCUGCGGCGCCUGCGGGGCCAGGAGCACAAGUACCUGCUGGGCGGGCCCGGCCCCGCGCCGCCCCGCGGCCUCCCCCGGAGCGCCUGGCAGCCGGCGGACAGCGGUGCGGAGUCUUGGAGGAAGGAAGUAGCCGAUAUACCCCAAGGAGUGGUUCAAGACCAGUUAACAAAAGGGGGUAGCCUCUUCCAGCUGGCUAACAAAGAAUUUGAAGGCAGUGAGUCAGAAAAUGAGAUCUCUGACCUUCAGGAAGAAAAUCCUGCAAAAGAUGAAGAGCCGAAGUCCCCUGAAAAAAUAGCCUCCAGUCAGAAAAUGGAACUGAAGGAAUUGGUAACUCCUGAGGACUCUGCUAUAACUGAAACUCAGCCUCAAGAGGAGGAAAAUCCCGUAAGGACUUGCCCUUCCCCCACAGAGGUGGCAGAUGCAGUGAAGACAGUACAGCACUUCAUGGAGGAAUUCAGCAUGGACCUCUCAACUGUUAUACAAGCCUUUCUGAAAAACAGUGGUGAAGUGGAGGCCACUUCCUACUUCUUACAUAACAGCCAGCGCUUGGAUGGAUAUCCUAUAUGGAGCAGACAGGAUGAUUUAGAUUUGCAAAAAGCAGAUGAAAAUGUCAGAAGCAAAUUAAUAGCAAAAUUUGGAGCCCAGAAUGUGGUAAAGCGGGUUGUGUUCAGGAAGCGUUAGAUGGUAACUUGUGAAGGAUGGUUCAUGGACUGGGACCCUCCCAGGAAAGCAGGAGAUGAGACUUGCAUCUCUGACCUUCAUGGAAAAAGGAAUGAGGAUUUGUAGAUGUUCUGAAGUCUCUAGGAUAGCCACCUGCAAUCUCAUUUCAUACAGGAAAAAUCUGGCAUUGAAAAUUAAGAUCUCUGUGCCAAACACUUCGUCCUUUCCAUCAUUUUCUGUUAACUUUUCCCAUAAGUUUCUAUGUUUAUGCAAGGCCUUGUUUUAUGUUUGAUUUUUUUUGUACAUGCUGAGUAUCCUGCUGAUAAAUCUAAAACUAAAAUAUUGGGUGAA